AUGUCAACUUUCCAGAAUACUACAUCUACGUCCAUCAUUUUCCUGCUAACUGGUGUUCCUGGGCUGGAAGUAUUCCACACCUGGAUCUCCAUUCCCUUCUGCUUUCUCUACAUAACCGCCCUCUCAGGAAACAGCCUGAUUCUCUUUGCCAUUGUCACUCAGUCCAGCCUCCACGAACCCAUGUAUUAUUUCCUCUCCAUGCUGUCCACCACUGACCUUGGCCUGUCCAUAUCCACCCUGGUCACCAUGUUGGGUAUAUUCUGGUUUGACACCAGGGAGAUCAGCUUUAAUGCCUGCUUGUCACAGAUGUUUUUCAUUCAACUCUUCACUGUCAUGGAAUCCUCAGUGUUGUUGGCCAUGGCCUUUGAUCAUUUUGUGGCCAUCUCUAAUCCUCUUAGAUAUGCUUCUCUCUUAACUGAGCUUAAAAUAGCACAGAUUGGAAUAGCAAUCAUCACCAGGGGGACACUAAUCCUGACACCGAUGGUGGCACUUCUUAAACGACUAUCCUUCUGCUGCAGCCACAUGCUCCACCACUCCUACUGCUUCCACCCUGACGUGAUGAAGCUCUCCUGCACUGACACCAGGAUCAAUAGCACUGUUGGCUUGACAGCCCUGAUCACCACUGCCGGGGUGGACUCAAUCCUCAUCCUCCUUUCUAACAUUUUGAUUAUUAAGACUGUCCUCAGCAUUGCAUCUUUGAAAGAGAGGAAGAAAGCCUUCAGCACAUGUAUCUCCCGUAUUGGGGCUGUUGCUGUAUUCUAUAUUCCACUGAUAAGUCUGUCCUUUGUUCACAGGUUUGGGAAACGGGCCCCACCUUAUGUACAUACCUUGAUUGCCAAUGCCUACCUGUUAAUCCCCCCCCCCGUGCUGAACCCCAUUAUUUACAGUGUGAAGACCAAACAGAUACCUAGAGCUGUGCUGAAGGUUCUCUAUCCCAGUGGUACCAAGGAAUAG